UAAACCACACCGGAAGUGCUCCUGUUGUUUACCGGAAGCUUGACAGUCUCUUCCGGUGUCCAUAGCCGUCGACAUGGCUCGCCUAUUACAAUCCAAUAUUGCUGUUAUUUUUGCUGUUCUGUUUGCUGUGUACACGGACUAUGUGUGUUGUAAUAACGGCAGGAGGGUCGGAGAGGCCAUGGAUGCUGAGUUCAGUGGAUUCUCUGUUCCUCUGGAUCACUCCUUUGAAAUCGAUGAUGUAUCAAACUUUCGGCUACGUGGAUCUCUGGUGUUAAAAGCAGGCAGAGAGCCCAGCGUGUCUUUAAGUCAGAACCAGCUCUCUGAAGAGGACAGGAUCAAACUGAAGGAAGUGGCAGCAGUGGACGGUCUGUACAGGAUCAGAGUUCCUCGUGUUUUCCUGCAGGCAGAUCGACAGACAGAGCGCCAGAUGGACGGAUACCUCACUGCAUUCGUUAGAGCCUGCGCCAUGGUUGAGUCCCAUCUGAGCGACGUCAUCAACCUUCACACCGACGUCUCUGGGUACAUCAUCGGCGUCUCCAUAGUAACUCUUCCCGGAGCCUGCAGGGGCACUGAGGUGGAGGACGAGGUUGAUCUGGAGGUUUUCAACACCACGCUCGGCAUCAUGGCUCCCGUCAACGCACCAGGACCUGAGACGGCUCUGUUCCUUGAACGAAUGGAGCAGGAAACGGAGAAGAAAGGGAAGAAUCCACAGGAGCAGAAAUCCUUCUUUGCUAAAUAUUGGUAUUUGAUUCUUGGAGGUGCAAUCUUCCUCAUGGCCACCAAUUCAGCACAGCCCCCAGCAGGGGGAGGAAGAGAGCAGAGCUGAUUCCCACUGAAUGGAUGUACAUCGUGCCGCUCGUCCUCUUCCUGAUGAUGUCAGGCGCUCAGGACCAAUCAGGCGGAGGAGCCGGGGGCGGAGCAGCUAACGGAGGAGGAAGAUGAUCGACAUGAUGACAACGUUUCCUGAACAAGAACUAACUCAGACAGAUUUAUGCUGUACAUAAUGCUAUUUAAGAAGGCUGAACACACACACAGAAGUUUGAUCUGUACAGUACAGAGAUAUCGUGCCCUGCAGGUGACUGCAUUUUUAAUACUAAUGUGAAAAUAAAGUAUUUAUUACUUGA